AUGGUGACCCAGCACCAAGCUAUUUCUGUUGGUUGCAAAGCUAGAGAUUCAUCUGCAAAGAAGCAUGCAAUGGGGUUUGUGUAUGGUAGUAAUGAUGGAACUGUGAGACAACAAAUCUGGAAUGAUAUUCUGCAGUUCACUCUGGCAAACGCUCUUUCUUUAUUAGUGGUGAGGGACUACAAUUCUAUCUUAUAUCCUAAUGAGAAGACCAAUGGUCACACUGAUGAUAAUAGAAUUUUAUCCAAGAUUGACAGAGUUAUUGUUAAUUUGGAUUGGGUUAGUCAUUUCUCAGACUCAAAAGCUGAUUUUUUGGAAGCUGGGAUUUCUGACCAUUCUCCUGUUGUUGUUGUUUCUAUUUUAGAGAAUAGGGUUCAUGGGCCUUCUUCAUUUAAAUUAUUUAAAUUUAUGACUGAGGAGGUUGAUUUUAUGGAUCUUGUAAGGUCUGUUUGGGAGGAACCAGUUAGAGGUAAUCCCAUGUUUGUUAUUAUUACUAAACUUAAAAGAGUCAAAUCUAGAAUAAUUUUAUGGAAGAAGAAGAGAUUCAAGAACAUUCAUUCUCAUUUUGAGAAUGCUAAAGUUUUAAUGAACUCUAUUCAACAGCACAUCCAACAUAAUCCUCUAUGUGUUGAAUCUGCUCAACAGGAGAAGUCUGCUAUGAAGCAUUAUGCAAAGGUGGCUAAGUAUGAGGAGUCUGUGGCUAAACAUAAGUCUAGGGUUAAAUGGAUUGAUUUGGGAGACUCCAACACCCAUUUCUUCCAUAACUCUACGAAAGAAAGGUACUCCAGAAAUAACAUCCUCACCCUUUUAUCUAGACAGAAUGUGUUGCUGCAGGAAGACACUGAAAUUGCUGCCGAGUGCAUUGAUUUUUAUUAUUCUAUGUUUGAUAAUUCUUCUUCAACCUUUGUGGAUGAUCAAGAGUUUUUUGAUUCCAUCAACUUUGAGAGUAUUCUUAGUGAUCAUGAUAAGACUGAUCUUGUUAGACCUAUUACUAGGGAUGAAGUGGUUUUGGCUUUGUCUUCUAUUGGGUCUAGAAAAUCCCCUGGAAUGGGUUUUCUAGAUGGUUUUUUAAGGCUUGUUGGGAUAAUCUCUUUGAGAAUGAAACAUGUUCUUGGUAAGCUCAUUAAUUCAAAUCAGUCAGCUUUCAUCUCUGGUAGAACUAACCAGGAUAAUGUGUUCUUGGCACAUGAAUUAUUAAGAAAUUAUCAUAGAACUAUUGGAUCUCCUAGGUGUGCCCUUAAAAUAGAUUUAAAGAAGGAUUAUGACACAUGGAUCAGUAGCCCCAUUUCCUCUUCUAGGUUCUCUACUAUGAUUAAUGGUUCUCCCUAUGGUUUCUUUGGAGCUAAGAGGGGUCUUCGCCAAGGAUGCCCUUUGUCCCCUUACUUAUUUGUCAUGGUAAUGGAGAUCUUAAGUGUUUGUCUCAAGAAACAAGUUGAAGCUGGUGACUAUGGUCUUCAUCCUAAGUGCCAUCAAACUGCUCUCACUCAUCUCUGUUUUGCAGAUGAUGUUUUGGUUUUCUGUAAAGGUGAUCUUCAGUCUACUUCUGCUUUUAAUACAGCUAUUCAGCAAUUCAUUGCUUGUUCUAGUCUGGAGGUUAGCAAGGAAAAGUCUUCAUCGUUCUCCUCUGCAGUCAAUGAAGUGAAUCUUCAAAAUAUCUUAUCUUGCCUUGAUUGUGGAGAUGGGGACUUGCCUGUGAGGUAUCUCGGCCUUACCUUACUCACUACUAGACUUUCUUUUAAAGAUUGUAUUUCUCUCAUAGAUAAAGUAACUAAUAUGGUGCAAUGUUGGAAGUAUAUUUCCCUCACUUAUGCUGGUAGGCUUGCUUUAAUAAAACAUGUCUUACAUGGAAUGGUUUUCUACUGGUUAUCUUGUUUUACUCUUCCUAAGAAGGCCAUCCACUGCCUUAAUUCUAUUUUUAAGAGAUUUCUUUGUGCUGGUGCUACCUUGUACAAGAAGACUAACUUCCUUAUCAGCUGGGAUAAUGUUUGCACUACUUAUAAGGAGGGAGGACUAGCCAUUAGAGAUAUUCAAACUACUAAUGAAGCUGCUGGGAUGAGACAUAUAUGGGAGUUAGUUUCUGAGAAGGAGUCAGUCUGUACUGAUUGGAUAAAAUCUAAUCUCAUCAAAGACAAGGACUUCUGGAGCUUAAAAUGUCCUCAGGAUGCCUCAUAG